UGCGCAUGCGCACUCGGUUGCCCUUAGCCCUUGUCCUCUACUAGUACUCGCUCGUGUUGCUUUCCCUUUCCCUCUUGCGCAGGCGCAGCAGCUGCGUGUGAUGACGGAUGCUUGAGGUUGGCCGGCGUCAGUCCCAGGGAGAGUUGCUAUGGCUGGCCUCCUGAAGAAGACCACUGGACUUGUGGGACUAGCAGUUUCUGAAACUCCUCAUGAUCGCCUAAGGAUACUCUACACAAAAAUUCUUGCUGCUCUGGACACAAUCCCCAGAGAAGCAGCAUAUAGGAAAUAUACAGAGAAAAUUGUGAAUGAGCGGUUCGAUAUGGUGAAAGCAGAACCGAAUGUGGACAAAUUGGAAGAUAAAAUCAACUGUGGGCAGAUAGAAGAAGUGAUUUUGCAGGCUGAAAGUGAACUCACUUUAGCCAGGAAGAUGGCACAGUGGCGACCAUGGGAACCUUUGGUUGAAGAGCCUCCUGCUGAUCAGUGGAAAUGGCCAAUAUAGUGGGAACUAUUUGUAAAUAUUUCAAUAAAUGUAAUCUGUACCUCUUAAA